AUGGCAUCCACGAGUCAUGACCAUGAUCUGCUCCCAGAUCAGACUGAGGGGUUCAAGGUGGGAGAGAAGAAGACUAUGGACGAAUACAACCAGCUUGACGCCGACGAUGAAGCUAUGCAACGCUACAAGCAAUCACUCGGUCUCGGCGGCGGCGGCAAAGACCUCUCCGACCCCAACGACUCCCGCCACUGUAUCAUCCUCUCACUCUCCAUGGACUCCGAGGGUCAACCCCCCGUCACCAUUGACCUUUCUGCCAAGGACGCCGAGAAGACCCUCAAAGACAAGCCUUUCAAGAUCAAGGAGGGUGCCAAAUUCCACAUGACUGCUAAAUUCAAGGUCCAGCACGAGAUCUUAUCGGGUCUGCAUUACGUGCAGAUUGUGAAGCGGAAGGGUAUUAGAGUUAGCAAGGACCAGGAGAUGAUUGGAUCUUAUGCACCAAACACAGAUAAGAUUCCAGUCUACACUAAAGCUUUUGCCGAAGAAGAAGCUCCAUCCGGCAUGCUCGCACGCGGUCACUACACCGCCAUCAGCACGUUCGUAGAUGACGACAAGAAGAAGCAUCUGGAGUUUGAGUGGGCCUUUGACAUCGCUAAGGACUGGUAG